AUGACCGAAGUAACCCAAAUUACUGCUUUAACCACGAUACAAUGCAAACAACAGGCUGUACGCUCUGUUCGUUUUAAUAUAGACGGUACUUACUGUUUAACAUGCGGCGCUGAUAAAAAGAUAAAACUUUGGAAUCCGCAUAAGGAUUUACUUUUAAAAACUUACGGGGGACAUGCUAACGAAGUUCUAGAUGUGGCUGGCUCCAGUGAUAGCAGCCAAAUUGUGUCGUGCAGUACUGACAAGUCAGUUAUUCUAUGGGAUGUGACCACUGGGCAACCAUUACGAAGAUACAGAGCGCAUGCAAGCUCUGUUACAUGCAUUAAAUUUAAUGAAGAGUCUACCAUGGCCGUGUCCGGGUCUAUAGAUAACACUGUCGCCUUCUGGGAUGUAGUUAGUAGGCGGCAAGAGCCUGUACAAGUGCUAAAAGAUGCGAAAGACAGUAUUACCUCCAUACAAGUUACAAAUCAUGAAGUUUUGACUACAUCUGUGGAUUGCCAUACUAGACUUUACGACUUGCGCGUCGGAAAAAUGGUUUCAGAUUACAUGGGCGCUAUUAUCACACAUGGUUCCCUUACACACGACGGUCAAUGUUAUGUACUUAGUUGCUCAGAUGGAACUGUAAAACUUAUAGACAAAGAUUCUGGUGAGCUUCUCAACACAUUUACUGGGCAUGAGACGCAAGAUUUUAUGCUAGAAAACUGUGUCAAUGAAAAGGACAAUCAAGUUAUAUCUGGUUCUGCGUCUGGCGAAGUUUUUUAUUGGGAUUUAAUCAGUAGUAGUGUAACCAAUAAGCUAGUACAUAAAAUGCAUAAACCGGUGGUGUCAAUUUGCCAUCACCCCACAGAUAGUAUGUUGUUAUCAGCUUGCGAAGAUGAAAUUAAAUUAUGGGGAAAUGUAAUUGCAAAGGAAUAA